CCCAGCGUGCCCCGCGGUUGUCGCGUCUCCAAGAUGGCGGCGCCCAGCGGCGGCUCGGGCGUGAGCGCGGACGCGGACUCGGACUCGGACUCGGACAGCAGCGGCGAGGCGGCAGCGCGGUUCCGAGAGGCCGCCUGGGACUGCGCUGCGCAGGCGGCGGCGGUGCGGGUGGAGACGGGCGGCGGUGGCUUUAAAAAGGAUCGGUUACAGCCCGCUCAAUCUAGCCUAAGGCGUGAAGUGAAUGGUCAUGAUGAGGAUGGAAAUGAGCUACAGACGACGCCAGAGUUCAGAGCACAUGUUGCAAAGAAACUGGGAGCAAUGCUUGACGGUUUCAUCACUGUCUUGAAGGACUCAUCAGGACCUUCACAAACUUCUGUGCCACUGUCUGACUCUGCAGAUGAUGGUUUUCGCCUCUUCUCUUCCUCUGUCCCAGGAGACUGUGGGAAAUCAGAGCCUUGCCCUGCAGCAAGGAGAAGAAAGCCAUCUAGCUCCAGUGAUACGGACAGUGACCAAGAGUGGCAAAAGUACCAGGAGGUUGCUGUGUCAGCCGCAGACAUUCUGAAGCAAAGUGCUUUUCCUGCACUGUCCUGGGAUUCCAGCCAGGAUCAGAGUGACAGUUAUACAGAGCACAGCCAGAAAAAAAAGAAGAAAAUUAAAGGAGAGAACAAUAUUCAAGAGAAAAAAAUAGACCCAACAGAGUGUGAGCAGAUCAGCAAAGGUUUGCCACGGUUGCUGUCUGCAAAUGGACAGCAUGAGAGACAGGACAGCAGUCAUAUAGAGAGCUCAGUGCUGCCAGGAGUUGUGAAGAAGAAAAAGAAGAAGAAAAAAAGAGAAUUAAGAUCUUGCUCUGCAAAUGGCAAGUGAUUAUGAUGGUUGAAGUACGCUGGAAAAGAAAAAACCUAACAGGGUCGCUGCAGAUGAGGGAAAAUGAAUUGGCAGAGCUUCUGUUCUAAAAGCUCAGUGGCCUGAGAGCCUAAUUAAGUGACUUCCUAUGUUGUUGGCCUCCCCUGAGGAAGGAAACGUUGUUCUCCUAGAGCGGCAGUUAUCUGUGCUGCUGCUUAUGCAGACCUAGCAUAAAAGGAAUACUGUGCACAGACCUGCAUGGCAGAGGGAUAUAAUCAUAGCUACAUCCCUCCUGGUCUGUUCCUUCACAUCAUGAAACCAAAUCUUGUGCCCUGGAGGAAGUAUAUGAUGAACUGAAUUUGGUUUACAUGGCAAGAGGUGAUCGGCUCCUUCUUUUUGCCUUCUGCUAGAUGCCUGCUGAGAAUAACUCCAGCCUGUGGGAGACUCGUUUAUCAAAAGCAUCCUGUCAGAUAUCAGGAACCCCUUAUUUUUUUUCCUGGAAUCAUCGUAACAAUCUGUUGUUGAAACCUGCCAUGUUACUAAUCCCUCUGUAAUCUCCACCUCUCCAGAGCCCCUGCAUAUAAACAAAGCGUGCAGAGAGCUUAUUCCAGGGUGGUUAUAAAUAGGUAGUUCUGUUCAAGUUGUGUCCUUUGAAAUUUUUUCAUGUAUAGCUUUUUUAUGGCAUUUGUUGUUGUUAAAUUCUAUUACACUAUUAGUUUUAUUUAAUUUGGCAGGUUUUGUACAACAGUGGCUUUCUUGCUGUAUUCAGAUGGCUCCCCCAGCAGAGAUAAAGAUGGCUCUUUAGUUGCUUGGCGAUCAAUGCUAUGAGAUUGCUACAGGAAGGACUUAAGCCUCACUUGAAAGUCACUGCACUUCAGUCCUUAUUUUGGUUGAUUAUGACCUUUUGUCUCUCUGAAAUACAGUAGGUUUUGGUAGCAUUCAGUAUGGCUCUUAGUCCAUUUAUACUUCAGCUCCAAUAUUUCAGGAAAUUACCUGUUAUUGGACAAAUACUCUUCUGUUUUAAUUUAAGAUUGUUGGGUUUCAGUAGCUCUAACUCAUUUGCCCUAUUCAGGAGACCGGAAAGCCAGAUUAGAGAAACUGAAAUAGUGAGCUGUUGCUCUUUGAGCGUGGGAAAACCCAAGAUGUUUUCUUUCUUACUGUAAGAUCCUUGCUGUUUUUUAAUCAAGAAAACACAGUUGGCAUCCAAAAAUGGAAAGGCUAAGUAGAAAAUUGGCUUGUAAUCUAACUGAAUGUGCCAGCAGAAGUGACUUGUCUUAUGGCUAGUUAAAACUUCAGUAUACUGAAGCUAGCAUCUGAUGUUUCGAAUGCACAGUGGCCUAAAAAUUAAUCUUUUGACUUGCUUAUUAUUAUUAUUUUUAUGCUAACUAGAAGUAAUACGUAUUUGCAAGUGAUGCACAUAGGAGAUCAGGAAACAAUUCUAGGAUAAGAUUCCUCGGAGAAUCUAGUUACUGAACUUGGUUGAUGAUGGUUGAUAGUAUCUAGAGGAAAAUCAUAUCAAUACAAACUGUAAUGGACAUCUGCAAUUUUAAAUUUCCAGAUAUAAAUGAAAAGUUUGCUGUUGGA